UCUCUCUCUCUCUCUCUAGAAUUCCAAUUUCGUUCUCUCUCUCUCUCUACAGUUUCCGGCACUGUUUCCUAUUCGCCUGAGAAAAGCAUGGGAGCUACAUACUUUGAGGAGCGAAUUCCGAGCAACAACUCUGCGUUAUCUUCGACCGACGAGCGGAGGUUAUCGAAGCACAUACACGACAAUGUCCACGGCAACAUUUAUCUCGAUCCUCUCUCUUUGAAGUUCGUUGACACUGAACAGUUUCAGAGACUUCGUGAUCUGAAGCAGCUAGGUUUGACUUAUUUGGUUUACCCUGGGGCUGUGCAUUCUCGGUUUGAGCAUUCACUUGGGGUGUAUUGGCUGGCUGGUGAAGCUAUCAACAGAUUGAAAACCUUUCAAGGCAGGGAGCUUGAUAUUGAUCAUUUUGACACACAAACUGUUAAAAUCGCGGGUCUACUGCAUGAUCUGGGUCAUGGGCCCUUCAGCCACAUGUUCGAGCGUGAAUUUCUUCCACGGGUUCUCCCUGGCCUGGACUGGUCUCAUGAAGAAAUGUCUUUGAAGAUGAUAGACUAUGUCGUAGAUGAACAUAAUAUUGAUAUUGAUCCUGAAAGUCUUAAGAAAGUGAAGGAACUGAUAGUUGCCUCUGAGAAUGGAGCAUCAAAAAGCUUCAAGGAGAAGCUUUUCUUGUACGACAUUGUUGCUAAUGGGCGCAAUGGAAUUGAUGUCGACAAAUUCGACUACCUUGUCCGUGAUUCCAGGGCUUGCGGCCUCGGCUGCAAUUUUCAGUUUCAGAGGGUGUUUGAAGCCAUGCGUGUGAUAGAUGAUGAGAUAUGCUAUCGUGCCAAGGAGUAUCUUACCAUCCACAAGUUAUUUGCUACUCGGGCAGAUUUGCAUCGUACGGUCUAUACGCAUGCAAAAGUGAAGGCAAUAGAACUCAUGUUUGUUGAUGCCAUAACGAACGCAAAUGACACACUUGAUAUUUCAUCACACAUUCAUGAACCAGGUCAAUACUGGAAGUUAGACGACACGAUAUUUAAAACGAUUGAAACCUCUUCCGACCAAAAUCUGAAGGAAUCAAGAGAUCUGCUACUCCGCAUCCGGAGAAGAGAUCUGUACCAGUUUUGCAAUGAGUUUGCAGUUCCAAAGGAAAACAUGGAAUACUUCAAGAACGUGACUCCACAAGAUAUAGUUUGUUCACAGAGCUCUAGUCACCCAACACUAAGUGAGGAAGAUAUAGCAGUGAGCAAUGUGAAAAUUGAUCUGACUCGUGGAAGGAAUAAUCCAUUCAAGAGUGUCAGCUUUUUCAAGGAUUACGAUAGCAGUGAGAAAUUUAAUAUAAAAGAUGAACUGGUCAGUCACUUGCUACCUACAUCUUACCAAGACAGGAUCGUGAGAGUUUACUCCAAGAAGCCUCACCUGGUGGAAGCUGUGUCGGAGGCAUUCGAAAAUUUCCAGAUGAAAACAUAUGGGAUGAAAACUCAAGUGCAUGCAACCCCUGAGAAGAAAAAGAGGAAGCAAUUGAGAUCCUACUCUUUAGGUGUUUAGUUUGACUGCCGGCUGCCAGCCUAUCUCUGCUCGACUCAAAUGUGCAUAUGUCCAAAAUACGUAACAUGUGGACACUUGUGAUAGUAAUUAGAUAUGUAAAUUUCGUAAACCUUGUUUUUGUGUCCGCUUUUUCUGUAUCUGCACAACCUAACUUUCAGUACCACUCAUAUAUAUUUUUCCUAUAUAUAUAUAAAUAUAUCACAAUAUGCACAUGGGUCCUACUACGGUACUACCCCACCCCGUCAAUGACGAACAUGUUUUUUAGGGA